UCCUCUCUCUUUGUAUUAUGUAUAUAUAUAUGCGUGUGUAUAUAUAUAUAUGAGAGCUUGGUAGGGGUUGCUCAACCGUGACGGCUCAAUAUACAUAUUUCUUGUCCAUCUUCUGCUACUUUUGCAUGUCUUUUAUACAUCUCUCGUAAACCCUAGUAAAUCAUACAAGGCCAAGAAGCUCUGUGAUCAAAUGGAUAAAGAUUACUCGGCACCGAACUUCUUAGGUGAAUCCUCAGGCGGUAACGACGAUAACAACUCCGGUAUGAUAGACUAUAUGUUCAACAGAAACCUUCAACAACAAAAGCAAUCGAUGCCGCAGCAGCAUCAACUGUCUCCUUCAGGCUUUGGCGCAACGACACCUACUUUUGAUAAAAUGAGCUUCGCAGAAGUGAUGCAGUUUGCAGACUUUGGUCCGAAACUGGCGUUAAACCAGACCAGAAACCAAGACGAUCAAGAAACCGGGAUGGACCCUGUUUAUUUCUUGAAGUUUCCAGUCUUGAAUGAUAAGAUAAAGGACCAUAACCAUAACCAAACCCAUAAUCUCAUGUCUCAAGAAGGAGGUGACUGUGAAGAAAACAUAGGCAACGUGUUUCUUGAAGAAAAGGGGAAUCAAGACGAGGAAAACGAUAACAAUUCGGUGCAACUCCGUUUUAUUGGAGGAGAAGAAGAAGGAGAUAGAGAAAACAAGAAUGAUACGACAAAGGAGGUGAAGAGCAAGAAGAAGAGAGCAAGAACAAGCAAGACCAGCGAAGAAGUAGAAAGCCAAAGAAUGACUCACAUAGCGGUCGAGAGGAACCGUCGGAAGCAAAUGAACGAGCAUCUUCGUGUCCUUAGGUCUCUUAUGCCUGGAUCCUACGUUCAAAGGGGAGAUCAAGCGUCGAUCAUAGGUGGAGCAAUAGAGUUUGUGAGAGAGCUGGAGCAACUCCUACAAUGCCUGGAGUCACAAAAGCGUCGGAGAAUCCUCGGAGAAACCGGUAAUAGGCAAAUUGGGGACAUGACCACGACAAUGACUUCUUCUUCACCAAUAACUUCGGUUGCUAACCCGCUAAUUAGUACCGGAAAUGUAACUGAACUAGAGGGUGGAGGAGGAGGGAUCCGGGAAGAAACAGCGGAGAACAAGUCGUGCUUGGCUGAUGUGGAGGUGAAGCUGCUAGGGUUUGACGCUAUGAUCAAGAUACUUUCAAGAAGAAGACCAGGACAACUCAUUAAGACUAUCGCUGCUUUGGAGGAUCUUCAUCUCUCUAUCCUUCACACUAACAUCACUACCAUGGAACAAACUGUCCUCUAUUCCUUCAAUGUCAAGAUUACAAGUGAGACGAGGUUUACUGCAGAAGACGUUGCAAGUUCCAUCCAAGAGAUAUUUAGUUUUAUUCAUGCAAAUACUACCAUGUAAUAAUUUUAUAUUUCUCCUGUCGUUUCCGUUAAAGGUACUUUCCAUAAGUUUAUGUUGGUGUCUUAAAAAUAAGUCUAUGUUUGUUCCAUUUUAGAUUUUACAUGUCCUUUUGUUUUGUUUA